GCAUUCAAUAGUUUUGUCCGUCAUUUAAGAAUUCAAGUGAAAUGAUUAGUUUGAUUGCAAACAUAAUUGUUUUGCUUGUAUUCAAUCAAUGCAUUCAUUGUAUUAAUGGUUCGCCAAACAGAAGAAGAUUUAAUGAAUCUGAGCGCUGAACCGGACUAUAGGGCAGUUAGGCUUAAGUGGAAUUACUAUAAUGAACACCAGGGGCUGACCGGCUUUAAAGUGAAAUUUUGCGAGAUUUCCGCCUGGAAUUCAAGGAUCCGAUGCCGGGAACGACAGCUCCGGUUGUCGUCUUCGGGCCAAACGAGUCGCAAACUCUCACCACAAGAAGACAGUCUACUCUCAAACCCCGCUAUCGAUAGCGACGCUUCAGUUAUUGAUAAACUGAUUCGUUUGAAUAGAAACACAUUCGAGGCCUCUAUUUAUGACUUACGAAUGCUAACCAAUUAUACGUUCAGUGUUAAGGCAGACUUCGACGGCCAGAGCCCCGGGGGAUGGGGUGCUGUCGCCCCAUACCAUCCCAUGUAUGGCAAAAAUCCAGGCGAAGCCUACAGACCGCAUACGGGCGGCUCAGACGGCGAAGAUAUUUAUCGCAAUGUGAUCGUUGAAACAAAAAGCUUCUCGGCAAAGACGAGCCGCUGUUUGGCCAACACGAGUGAUGUGGUGGUCAACACUGGGCCGUAUUUCAGCGGCAAGAUUACUGUGGAGUACGCCAACGACCACCGGUGCUCCGUAUACGGCAACCGGACCAGCAAUUUGUCAAUCUAUACGCUAACCAUUCUUCAUGAUGUGUGCGGAAGCAAAAUCAUUAAUAACUCGCGCAUAGAGACGAUGGUAAUGGUUCACGAGAACCGAGAGAUAUUGACACACAAUUCGCGUCGAUUCCUCGUUGUGUGUAAUUUCGUUCCCGAGACCUACACUCUGACCGCGUCGGUGGCCGUACCCACACAUCUACUCAAACGCAAACACAAGAAUUCGGACGAUCCUCACCACACCUAUCACCACAAGAAUCACUCGUUCGAGUCAAACGUGAUUCCGGUGUCCAAACCGCACAUCAACACGGCGUCCGUCGCCGCCAACACCGAUACCAAUGACAACAAUAAUAUUAUCGAUAAGACUAAUGACAUCUUCACGUUCGACCACUACAAGCAGUCACACAAUGUGCGCGACUCGCGAAUGUUGGCCCAACACCUCGACCAUCACAUCCUCAAUAGUAAUCCACACAAUACUAACGCAAGUGUUGGCAAAAGUGUUUCAGACCAAUACUGGAAUCAGAUAUUAUCGACGAUUCUGUUUGUAAUAAGUGGACUCAUAUUCUGUGUGAUAGCGCUUCUGUGGUUCGCGACGACACCGCGUUUAAGUGAUAAGAAUAGGGAAAUCAAGUCAUACGUGUCGAUGACUACGCCGUCGACCACUGCCUCCGCCGCCGCCCUCAACACCAAACUCAACAAAAACAAAGCGAUUCUUAGUGUCAACGGAUCUCCCAUCGCAUUAGUGUCCAUCGAUUCGUUGGGCGAAUCGUUUGCGUGA